AAUUGUUCCAUUACAGCAGUACUAUAUAUAUGAUCACGGUCAGUAUUGCGCUUAAACAUUGAAACCGAAAGUAAACGAGUUGGAAUAAACGGACAAACAGGAAAAUGGCACAGACAGCAACUUCAAUGACUCCAGAGCAGGUCAAGAAAAUAGAGGCAAAUUAUGCAGAAAUAGUGAAAAAUGUUCAAGCUGAUGACAUUAUGGACUAUUUUGUUGACCAAGGUUAUUUUUCCAUUGAAGAUGUAGUAGAAGAUAUUAUGAGGGGAAAAACUCCCCAAGACCAAAUAGAACGACUUGUUAUGCUCCUCCACCAAAAAAGAUCAAAAGCUGGAAUAUUUGACUUUUUUCUUAACCAAUUGGCAGAACAUAGUAACGAAGAUUUGGCUAAGAAAAUUAGAGAAACCGAGAAAAGACCUAUUCAGGUCUCAGAAAAUGGAGCAGGUGAUGACCGCUAUCCAGAGAUUCCUGAAAAAUUGAAAAUCAAAUCGGUGACAGAUAAAUAUGCAAUGUUCCUUUCAAAAACAUUUCCACCUCAAAAAUUAAUUGCAUUUGGUGCUUGUCUUGGUUUUAAUGACGUAGAAAUCUCACAAGUCCAGGCCGACAACGAGAAAUAUGGAGGAUCUACCGUCAUACAUCAACUUAUUGUCAGAUGGAAAAAUAGGACUGGUCGUUCAGCGACACUUGGAACUUUACAUAACUUGUUUCAGGAACAUUCAGAUGACAUUGAUCUUAAUUCUGAAGCAUAUGCCAAAGCAUUAGAUAAGAUCAUAAAGUCAUGAAAUCCUAUUAUUGUUCUAUCUUCAUUAUGGCGAUUAACCAGAGAUGGUUAACCAGAGAUGGUGUCAAAGCCACCAAAUGCUCGCCUGUUCAAACUUUCAUUGUAUUCAAAAUUUUGUUUGUAAAAAUGUAAAGUUCAAAACAGGUCAAAAGUCUAAAAAAAAAAAAAAAAAUUAUUUUUUUAUUUUAACUUCACUUCAUUAAUAUUUAACCCCACAGGAACCUCUUUGCAAAAUAUCAGCAUCCUAGUACACAUAUUUAAUGAAUGACAAGCUUCUAAAUAACUUGCAGGUAAAACUUUAACAUUUUCAGGCUGACACUCACGCCGGGGGUAUCGCUAUAGCUGUCUGUUCUUCGAACAGGCGAGCUAAAAAUGGAAGACUUUGUGCAGGUUAUGGAUAUUUCACCCUAGCUAAAGGCUUGUGGAGGAUUUUGCCCCAAUUUGGAAAUCCCGAAUUGUUUUUUUUACUUUCACACCUGGACAUGAAAGCAUAUUUAUCUCAUUCCAACGGUCAGAAUUAGCUCAACAUUUUAAAUGCAUUUUGACUGGCUAUUCAGAAAAAACCAGCAAAAUAUUUACUUUUUCCCUAUAUUUUUUCUCAGAAAAGCAAACAUGCGAGGAAAGAUAUCGGAUACCUGUUUUCAUCAACAUUUUUUGUUAAUCAAUAGAGAACUGUUAUACAAAAAAAAGACCUUCACCAGGAAUUCUGAACCUAUAGGUAUACUGUUUGGUAAGCUUGUUGUUUUUAUCUUAACACUAUUUUUAAUCUAUUAAUGCAUACAUGUAUGAAGCAGACCAGACUGAAGUAAGGGAUUUCUGCUAACAUUUAUUGUUUGUAUGACAAUUUCAUGAAUUUUGCUUGGCGCAUAGCAUGAUUUGGGCGAUGGAAUUGUCCUCAAAGUUUACUUAAUUCCUAUUGUGAACUUAUGCUUAGAAAGCCCCAAACCACAGUACUAAGUACAAUGGAUAUGGUAGUUGAGUGGGACCAUACCUCAGAGGAGUUAUUAAUGGGCCUCUGUUUUUGUAAAAUAUUAAUUAUGUCAAAGAGAGAGUUGACAGAAAGCAAUUACAUGAAUA